AGGCACCUUCUGAGUGCCGCGGUCAUCUCGAAGAGGCUGUACCACCCUCGUCUUCUUAUAUGUAAUUUGCGAUAGGACCCUGUAAACAGCACCCGAACGACCCAAGCUACCCGGCCAAGACUGGAAUCUGGGCUUUAUGUUUACCGAAGAGAAGCUGAAGAGGAAGCCGGAGCCAUGGGUUUCUUAUUCAGCCUUCGAUGAGCUAAAGUAAGCUGGACCCACACAACUUAGCCAAGCCGCCCCCUACAACAGGGGCUCUUCUUGCCCCUUCGCCCUCUCCAGCUAUGGCAGGCUUCAAGCGAGGCUAUGAUGGCAAGAUCGCUGGCCUGUAUGACCUGGACAAGACACUGGGCCGUGGCCACUUUGCCGUGGUCAAGUUGGCACGCCAUGUUUUCACUGGCGAGAAAGUGGCGGUGAAGGUGAUCGACAAGACUAAGCUGGACACUGUGGCGACAGGCCACCUUUUCCAGGAAGUCCGGUGCAUGAAGCUGGUGCAGCACCCCAAUAUUGUGCGCCUAUAUGAAGUGAUAGACACUCAGACGAAGCUUUACCUCAUCUUGGAGCUAGGCGAUGGAGGGGAUAUGUUUGACUACAUCAUGAAACAUGAGGAGGGUUUGAAUGAAGAACUGGCCAAGAAAUAUUUUGCCCAAAUUGUCCAUGCCAUAUCCUAUUGCCAUCGGCUGCAUGUGGUGCACAGGGACCUCAAGCCUGAGAAUGUGGUGUUCUUCGAAAAACAAGGACUGGUCAAGCUUACUGAUUUUGGAUUCAGUAACAAGUUUCAGCCGGGGAAAAAGCUGACCACAAGUUGCGGAUCACUGGCAUACUCUGCACCCGAAAUACUGCUGGGUGAUGAGUAUGAUGCUCCAGCCGUAGAUAUUUGGAGUCUUGGAGUGAUCCUGUUCAUGUUGGUAUGCGGCCAGCCACCGUUCCAGGAAGCUAAUGACAGUGAGACCCUCACUAUGAUCAUGGACUGUAAAUACACUGUACCGGCCCACGUCUCCAGCGCCUGCAAAGAUCUGAUAGACCGGAUGCUUCAGAGGGACCCCAAGCGGCGAGCCUCCCUGGAGGAGAUUGAGAGCCACGCCUGGCUGCAGGGGGUCGACCCGUCCCCAGCCACCAAGUACAACACUCCCCUCGUCUCCCACAAGAACCUGUCAGAGGAGGAGCACAACAGUAUCAUCCAGCGCAUGGUGCUGGGAGACAUCGCGGACCGAGAGGCCAUAGUCGAAGCCCUGGAGACCAACAAAUACAACCACAUCACAGCCACAUACUACCUGCUAGCAGAAAGGAUCUUGAGGGAGAAGCAGGAGAAGGAGGUCCAGACCCGAUCCUCCAGCCCCAGCAACAUCAAGGCACACUUCAGGCAGUCUUGGCCCACCAGAGUGGACAUGCACCAGGACAUCGAGGACAGUUUGGCAGCUUCGUCCAUCUCCCAUGCUGGAGGCCCUCAGUCCCCCGCUCGCAGUGCAGAAAACCUGCUAAACGGACAUCGCUCCAAAGGCCUGAUGGAGCUGGGCCGUCGGGAAGAAACCACGGUGACCGACUCUCCGGGACCAACAGCACAGGGAGCCUGUGCUGCCGCCUCAGGUCCUGCUCCUGGCUCUGGUUCUGGGACUAUCCGGGCCCCCACUCCUUCCACCUCAACAGCAGCCAAGCAGCGAACCUGCCUAUUCAGGGUGGAGGAGGAUGAAGAGGAGGAGGAAGAGCAGGACCCGUCUCCCCUCCCGACCCAGGUGAUCCUGCGGCGCAAGCCCCCCUCCAUCACCAACCGCCUCACCUCCAGGAAGAGCGCCCCGGUCCUCAACCAGAUCUUCGAAGAGGAGGGGGAGUCGGACGACGACUUCGACAUGGAUGAAGGCCUGCCGCCAAAACUCAGCCGCCUCAAGAUGAACAUGGCUGGAAACGCGGGCAACCUGAGCUCCGGGGCUGGAUCCUCGUCAUCGCCAGGGUCCACGCAGAAGCGCUACCACCGACGCAAGAGCCAGGGAAGGGGGUCGUCAUGUUCCAGCUCUGAGACCAGCGACGACGACUCAGAGAGCCACCGGAGGCGUCUGGAUAAAGACUCGGGCUUCAGCUAUGGCUGGAACAGGAGGGACAGCAGCGAGGGACCCCCAGGCAGUGAGGGGGGGAACGGGGGAGGCAGCAGCUCAGGGCAGGGGAAACCCCCAGCAGAGGGAGGAGGCUCCUCUGGUCCAGACAGAGGGAGUCCUCCUGGAGCGGGAGGUAACGGAGGAGGAGAGGGUGGUGGCGGCGGAGGGGGGAGUGGGGGAGGAGGAGGGGGUAGUAAAGGACAAGACAACCCCUCCAGUUGUUGUAACAACAGUAGCACUACCAACCCGUCCCUCGGCUCUCUGUCCCGGUCCUCCCGCACGGCGAGCCGCAGCACCGAGCUGGUGGAGAGUCUGAAGCUGAUGAGCCUGUGCCUCAGCUCGCAGCUGCAGCAGCACCGUGGGGGGCGUGGCAGCCGGGGAGGGGGCGGAGGGGGCGGGGGGAAGUUCAUCAUAGACCCUGGCAGCCUCUCAGGAGGGAGCGUAAAAAUCCAGGAGAAAUCGGCCUGGAGGAUGUGCAUCGGCUCCACCGGGAGCCUGGACACCAUCACCCUCCCCACCACCGCCACCGGCCUGACUCGCACCCACACCGCGCAGCACCACCACCGCAAAACUGCACCGCACGGGGCCCCGGGCCUGCACGCAGGGCCGGGCAGCAGGGACGCUCACAGCAACCUGAGUGCACUGAAAAACGGCGUGCUCCAACUACCUCUGUGUGAGAAGACCAUCUCGGUGAACAUCCAGCGGGGCGGGGGCUCCAGGGAUGGCCUGCUCUGUACCUCAGCUCCAGCCAGCUGCUGCCAGGUCAUCUGAAGCUCUCGGAGCCCACCUCCACCACCUCCACACAGCUCUCACACUUCUCCAUCUUUUCUCUCAAGCUUGUGUAUGAUUCUCUCCAUUAUUCAUUUGAACUCUACUCCGUUUUUUGUUUUUUUUUCCACCUCUUUGUCUGGUGUUUGCUGUGGCAGGUGGCUGAGCUCACAUCACCAGCUUCCUGUCACUGAGUUUACUCUGUGCUCUGCUUACUGGAUGUAUUUCUGCUGCCUAUUGUUGGUUGUUUUUAACAUCUAUUUUCAUUUUGUCUUUGUUUUUUGUUUCCCAACCGCAUUUUUACAUUCUUAAUUAGAAUCUGAUGGUUUUAAAGCAUAUUCAAACAAGGAAGGUUUGAACUAAAGGAAAGCAGAGUCCAGACAGACGGAGUAUCAGGGCCACAGCAGAGAGCAUUCUGAGAAGUACGUCAUGAUGUAAUUGAAUGAGAAAGUCAUGUUUUGAAAAUGAAGUCAUAUUUUGGAAAAGAUGAAGUGCACAUUUAAUCAUAAGGAUAUUGUGAUAAUAUUGUCAAACAGGUGUCUGCAGGGUUCAUUACAACACAAUGUAGUAGCUGGUUUACAGUAAAGUGUCAGUUCAAAGCAGUGGAGAUGAUUUGGCCCAGGGUUAUUAACCAAGUGGAUUUCGUAACAUUUAUAUGAUGUUUUUGUUUCUCAUUUCCACAUGUUCAAAACAAUAAUCCACAGCAAUGUCAUUAAAUAUUCACUAAACACAGACAGGAGCUGGUUAAGCAGCCGUGUCAACUGCUGGAAGGAUCAUCCAGUGAAAAAAGAAUAUUUAUAGUCCACAUGCAGGAAAUCUGCAGGUCUUGACUUGACUUUAAUACACUGUAUUCAGUCCUUUUAGAGGCUAAUAAAAAUCUUGCAUUUCAAUCACCACAGUUAAAUCUUGGGUGCUAUAGGCGGUAAUAAAAGGUUGCUUGGUGUUUGAUUGCAGCUGUCACAAGAUGUUCUCCACCUCUGAACUCAAAGUGGGACUGUUGUGAUGGAGGAUUGUGCUGCAGGGUGAGGUCCACACCUUUUUCACACUUAGUCAUUACAGCUGCUACAGCAGCUGCGUGAUCAUCACACAGAAAUUAAAUGAACUUAUGUGGGUCCAGAUCGUCUAACUUGGAAUUAUUGGUAAUUACAAUAAAAAAAAAAUCCCACAUUUCCCCUAUGGGGAUCAAUAAAGAAUUAUCUUAUCUUAUGGAAAUGCCAAUAAAUUACUGCACUUCAUACAUAACUGUAGGUCUGUAUGUUGUACUGGUUUGACCAUCAGUCAGGGAUUAAAUCAAGUUAUAUGCGACGCUGCACUGAACUGAACAUUAUCCAGACAGUUUUAGCUGAAGGCCCAUGCAGUCUUUGUGAGUGACGUUACUGAUUAUUGCAGACUUGAACAAGUAUUAAAAGCCACUUUAAAGAAGGCUGACACGUCAUUUCAGUCCUGCGGAUACCCUGUGGAUUUCUUCCAACAUUAAAACUGAAAUAAGUACAGCUUUUUUUUAUUAAGAAUUCAAACUUAGUUUUGUAAUCACCUCUUCUAAGAUUAGAACUUAUUUAUUACCUUUUACUUUAGAAAAUUGUGAGUUUAUUCUUGACAUUACAGUUUUUUAUAAAACCUUUUUUAUAAAGUUUAUUUAUAUUUUUAUCCUAACAUAACUUCAUUUUAACAUUUUUACCCUUUUGCUUGUAAAAUUACAACUUUAUUUUUAUGUUAUUGACUUUUUUCUUAACAUGACGACUUCAUUCUGAUCACAUGACAACUUAUUUCUCCAGAUGUCGUGGCUGAGAGGACAAACAGAAGUGUCAGACUAGUUUCAGUGAGUGUCACAGGCAGCUGACAAGUGCAUCUCCUUGUUAACCACAGUCCAACACUCCUUCAAAUGACGGCCCUCCCUCACCUCUGACCUCUGGUCAUCUCUGAAUGUUAGCCAGCGAUGAGAUCACUGGGUUAGAAGGUGGAUCCAUUAAUAUGAAUCCAUUCAGUGCAUCUUGUCUGAUUGCUUCUGUCAGUGAAGAAAAGCGAAGAUGUUUGAAUUUUGACUCCAUGUUGCACUCAGACAAUCUGUUUCUGUUGUUUUUGAGAAUCAUUUAUGGGUGAAUUGAGCUCCGUGCAAACUGCUGGUCAUAACCCUUUAAAUCUCUUUAUAGAGGCAGCACUCUUAGAUUCUAAAUGAGGAAGAGAAAACCUGGCGGUUUGUCAAAGCGCAUGUGAGUGCAGCACUGUAUUGAUUCUGUAGCAAGAUGGUGCUCACCAUGUUUGGAAAGGUUACUGCUGACCACAUAUUUAAAAAUGAGGUGUUAUUUUUUUAUUCACAUGACUUUGUGUUGUUUGCUGAUAGAGAACAUUUGUUGUUUCCAGCUACCAAUAUCCAGUGGUUCCCCAAAGCUUACUGUACAUGAGGGUGCAGUGUUAGUUGAGUGUGUACAUACAGUGUGAUGAAAAGUAAAAGUUUAUUUUUUAAAACUUGUACAUUUUUUGAGCAAUCUGCUGUUUGAAAAUGUUAUUUUUUUUUCUCCUUUUUUUUAAAGUGACGGGGGUCUGCAUAAGGUUCCAUUGGUGAGGAAUGUGUGCUCCAGUUGAAUCAGUAGGAAAUCUCCAGUACAGGAGAGAAACGUUGGUGACUUGCAGCUUUAAAUGAGCUGGCCAAGAGAUGAACAAAUGCGAGGGAGGCACGGGGGAAAUGGGGAAAUUCUUUAAGGGCAUUGGCAAUAAGCUAUACCGUGUGUUGCAGCUAUCUGUACAGAAACAUUUUUCAUUAGUUUCGUUUUUUAAAUUCCAAACUUGUGCAGCCUCACAGUGGCUGCUUUAGACUCAAAAGAAAAAAAAAGGAACGUUUUAAAUAUUUUUUUUUUCCUCUUUGGUUGUUGUCUGAGCUGUCUUUUUUUUUUUCUUUUUUUUUUAACGAAAUGUAAAUAGAUUUGUAAAUAUGGUGCUCUUUCUCUUCAUCUAGAACAGCGGAGUGAACCUUUUGGUGCAUAGCUGUACAAUAAUCUAGCCUUAUGAUAAUUACUGUAGUAAUACUGUAUGGGUGUCUCAGCUAAAAAUAAAGCCGUGUGAGAAAAACGACACGAUUCUAUUCAUACUGUCAGGUCUCUUUUGACUGUUGUCUUACUCAGCUGUAUCCAGGUGAAUGACGUGCAUGUGUUUCAAUGUUUGACAUUCAAUGACACUGAGAGAAGAGAGAAUCAGGAGCAGAAAUGUUACUGGACCAAAAAGCAACAGAAGAAGAAGAAAGAGGGGAGAGAAAAAAAAAAAAAAAAAAGACGAGCUGGAACUGACAGAACUAUUCAGUGUAUUAUUCUGUAGUUGAUACCUGUUGUCAGACGUUACAUAUAGCUAUGGUAAUAUCCAAAAAAAUAAAACGUGGAAUACUGUCUCAUA